ACAGAUCAUCACAAGCCAAAACCCGAAGAAAGAAAGAAAUGGGUUUCUUUGGUAAGAGCGUGUUGGUGUCUGUAGUAGCACUUUGGUGCUUCACUUCAGUUGUCUUCACUGAAGAAGUGAACCACGUUAGUCAAGCCCCUGCUGUCGCACCUUCCCCUCACUCCCACCACAAACACCACCACCCCAAACCACCGGCUCAUCCACCGGUUCCACAUCCGGCUUACCCUCCUGCCAAACCCCCGGUUAAGCCCCCGACCAAGCCACCGGUACAUCCACCGGUUAAGCCCCCGACCAAGCCACCGGUACAUCCACCGGUUAAGCCGCCGGCUCACCCACCGGUUCUACCGCCCGUUUACCCGCCGAAGUUUAACAGGAGUUAUGUGGCGGUUCAAGGAAUGGUUUACUGCAAGGAUUGCAAGUACGCCGGCGUUGAGACUCUCUUGGGUGCUAAACCCGUCAAAGGUGCGGUGGUAAGAUUCAUGUGCAAGGGCAAAACCGGUUCAGUGAAAGAGGCCAUUACCGACGAGAAAGGAUAUUUCUUUUUGUUGGCGCCAAAGACGGUGAACAACUACGGUUUCAGAGGAUGCAUGGUCAAGCUCGUGAAAUCUGCAAACCCUAAAUGCAGCAAACCGUCUAAACUCCAUGGCGGAGACGUAGGAGGAGUUCUUACACCGGUUAAGGACAAGUCUAAACGUAUCAUUGUCGUUAACAACCUCAAAUACGGCCUCUUCGACGUCGGUCCAUUCGCCUUCGAGCCCUCUUGCCCUCGUUGAUUAGUUGCUUUUUAAACUUAAAUAUUAUAUAUCUAUGGUUAUGAUUUUAAUGUCUGCGAGGUGGGUUUUUGUUGUUAGCUUUUCAUUACCAAGUUUUCUUUUAAAAGUUAAUGUUGUGUUCUUUCUUACGUCGAAUAAAACGGUAAUAUCUUGCGUAUA